CCCUCACCAGAACAGUAGUAGGUAGUAGCGAAUGCCUAGAUUUUGGGGCUGCCAACUAUAUCGACAACUUUACAGGGGUUCCUAUUGGCGUAGUGCAAGUACCCGCUGUCAAACACAUCGUCUAUUGCCUCGUUUAAAUCCGGUUUCUUCCUGUAGCGGAAUCGAGUGAAAAUUCGUCAUCGGCUAUCCAAUUGCGAUGCGGUUGGUCAUUCUGUCACUGGCAUUCCUGGUCGGUGUAGAAACAAGACCACAAUCGUUCGCCACGACAAAGCGCGGAGAGUGCAUGCCUUCCUCCGCGGACCUCAAUCACUACGUUUGCUUUUCGGAUCGUCCGGUGGACGCUCUGGUGUAUCAGUGUGCAGACUCGGAAGCCCUUUGUCCAGAUUGGGCCAAGGCUGGCGAAUGCCAGAAGAACCCGGGCUACAUGCAGCUGGAAUGUCGGCAUAGUUGCGACACCUGUGUCCCUCUGCAUGUUGGUAUGACACAGAUUGCGCCUCUUCAGGAAGCGCCAACGCAGCAACAAGUUCACGAUCGGCUGGUACAGACGCAACAGCACGUACACAACAAGGCGAAAGAGAACUUCAACGUAUUACAUAACUGUCUUAACUACCACGAACUGUGCACAUUCUGGGCAGUCGCGGGUGAGUGCGACAACAGUCCUGAUUUUAUGCUGCGGACCUGUCGGCCCGCGUGUUACAUAUGUUAGCAUUCUUUCGCCAUUGUCACGCUGCACAUUGAAGAGUGCGUUUUUAACAUCUUGCAUUAUAAAGGCACGGGAUAAAAAGGAAACUCUAGAACAUAGAUUUUCGAUUGCAUCGAACAGUC